UGCCAAAAUCUAUAAAUUUGGCACUUUUUCAAUGCGUUUGGCAUCCAAAAAAUCAAGUUGGCAUCUUGGCACUUUUUUGGCAUUUUUCGAUAAAAAUCAUUCACUAGCCAUUUUUCUGAAAUUUCGAAAUGCCUAAUGCAUUGUUAGCACCAUCAUUACUGAUGGAAGAAAUGAAAACAUCAACAAACAGCGCAAUCUGUAUAAUGUGCAAUCAAGAUCAAGAGUCAAGACUAAAUCAAAACAAAACACAAGACCAAGACCCAGAACAGACUGCACGGGGGCGCGGGCGCCGGGCACGGGCUGCUCAUCCACAAGUUCUCUGUAACCGACCAUAACUCAGAGUAACAAUGAAUAAACCAGUUCGAGUGUGGUCUCAAGACAGGAAGAGGAGAUAUGGAGUGGUAGCAAGCAGUUUUAUUGAAGCAGUACAGAAGGGUGCUGCAAAGCUUGGAUUGCCAGACCCAACUACUGUCACAUUGGUGCUGGAAGAAGAUGGAACUGCUGUGGACGAAGACUACUGGGAAACUAUUCCUCCUGAUACAAAGCUUAUUCUUUUGUCUGGUGAUGAAGUUUGGAAGCCUUCACCUCUAUCAGUACCAAGUAACCUUUUACUAGUUUCUGAUGAGCCUGAUUCUGCCAUAGAUGAUGCCCAAAAAGCCUGUAAUCUCCUAAAUGCUAUUCAAGAUAAUCCAGCUUCAGUGGCUCUCUUGAGCUUGUCUGACCUAGAAAUUAUCAAAGAUGCAGAUUUAAGUUCAUCAGACUCAUCCAUGAAAUUACAAGAAUUAUGUAUUGAGUUUUAUGUUAAGAAGAAGAAAGAAGCUGAAGCAAUGGAAUUUGUUGACUUGCUAAAAGAACACCUAAAAGGAAAUGAGUAGUAAUUGUAGUAAACAGUGUUAUGUGAGUGAAACAACUCACAUAAUGAUAGAAGUGGUCACUUAUUUACAUGUAUGACAACAGUGGUGAGGUUGUAACUCAUUAUUUGAUUAUCACCAAAGUUUCAUGCUACAAGAUUUGUAGCAUAUGGAUGGAAAAUUUAAACAAAUCAUUUAAAUACAUAUAGAAAUAUUUUUGUUCUCAAGAACACUAAAAAUGACAAAGCACCAUUUAAUUUUUACAUUCAGGUCAUCUUAUCAGUGUAACCUCCCCAACACAUUCAAAGGCAAUAGGGGGAAGCUGUGAUUAUGUAUUCAUUUUCUAAACAGUAAGGAUAUGUAAAUAUGACACUUCUUAUCUUCUACCCAUCACUGGAACAUUUUGUACAAUAUCACUACGUAAUGACAGAAUUGCGGUGCUGUUGCUGUGGCAGACUUGCUGCACACAGACUUGAUGUCUGAUGCUCAGCUGGUUAUAUUAAGCUAGUGAUAGGCAUCUGACUUAUCUUUGAAGGACAAAUGUCUUUUAUAUUAACUUUAAAAAAGGACAGAGUGUCAUGAAAAGUAAUGGAUUUGUAGGAAGUCAUAAAAUUGUAGAAAGGUUAAUCACAUUUAAUCCACAUGAUAUACUAAUAAAAGAAAUGUUCCAUUAUUAUUUCAGCAUUCAAUUCAGCAGAUUCUAUCUGUCUGCCUCAAGUUAUCACAUCUUCCUUUAAAGUAAUGAACGUUUCAUUUUGCUCAAAUGAAUAGGUAUGUAAGAAGAUAAAACGUGAAUUUACAUAGUCAUUGUAUAGCAUCCUUGCCAUGCUUCACAACUUAUGAGAGGACUAAAGGGUGCACCAUAACAAGGCCAUUACUUUAUGUGAUAGUAAAGGUACUGGCAUAUUAAAACAUUAACCAUAUGCAAGUGAAAUUUAAAGCUUUCAGAAUCAAAACUGCAAGAUAGAAAUCUUGCAUUAUAAUUAUGCUUAAUAUGUGAAUGAAUCUUUCAUAUAUAUAUAUAUAUAUAUAUAUAUAUAUAUAUAUAUAUAUAUAUAUAUAUAUAUAUAUAUAUAUAUAUAUAUAUAUAUAUAUAUAUACUUAUUUAGUGUGAGUGAGUGAGUGAAUCUUUCAUAUAUGUAUAUAAUCAUCAUAUUAUAUAUCUUUGUGAAGCCAGGCAGUAAGUUUUCUUUGAGGCAGACGAUGUUAAAAGCUAUGGCACAUUCUCCAUUAUUUAUUUUCUUGUGGGUGUUUUCUAUUUUUCGUAUAGUCUUCUGGAGGUGUUAAGGAAGACUAUAUGAAAAAUAGAAAACACCCAGAAGAAAAAUAAUGGAGAAUGUGCCAUAGCUUUUAACACAUUAUAUAUAUAUAUAUAUAUAUAUAUAUAUAUAUAUAUAUAUAUAUAUAUAUAUAUAUAUAUAUAUAUAUAUAUAUAUAUAUAUAUAUAUAUAUAUAUAUCAGCUUACUUCAAGAUCACAUAGUUCAUUUUGUGUUCUGCAUGCCUAAUCUCCCAAGGUUAUCUAAGUGAUGGCAGUGCAUUACUCCUGGGAGUCUGUCUUACUACAUUAACACAUAAAUAAAAAUAAUAAACAUUAAUAAUGGUAUUAUUCAAAUACCAUCACUUAGAUAAGCUUGGGAGAUUAGGCAUGCAGAACAGAAAAUGAACUAUGUUAUCUUGAAAUAAGCUAAUAUACAUAGAUUGUGUCACUUUGAUGUUCAGUAGUAUUCAGUCAAAUACAUAGCUACCUGUCAUAUAUAUAUAUAUAUAUAUAUAUAUAUAUAUAUAUAUAUAUAUAUAUAUAUAUAUAUAUAUAUAUAUAUAUAUAUAUGCAUUCCAUAUAUUGUGACUGUGCCAAAGUUGUGCCAAUGCUUUACCACAAAUAAUGUUUUUCCACAACAUGCAGGUUUUUUGACAUGCAUCAACCAAUGCCUUGUGCUGUAAUAUUUUGUGCAAAACCAUGUUCAUUGAAGUUAGUGAGCUGAGAAUCAAAAUAAAUUUUGCUGUAUACUUAGACAUGAAAUUUGCAACAAACAACUUGUCACAAGUUUUCAUGUAUCAUUGACUUCAAGACUAAUAGAAAAGGAGCUCAGCUGUUUUACUUGUACAAAGCAUUAAUGAUGCUGUUUGACUGAUGAACUUUUGGCUAGUGGUAUAAAGAGUUACACCUCAGAAUGAUCCCUUGCUGCUGUUCACUGCCGUAGAGUAGCUGCUGUUGUGGCAUAGUUCGAAGCUAAGAUAGU